UAUGGUAAAGGACAGGUAAGAAAUCUAAUUAAUAAAACAAAAUAAAAAUAAUCCCUUUUUAAAGCCACCUUGCACAUAUGCCCACAUAUAUUUUGUAAGGAGCACAUAAUGAAAAUGCCAGCCUAUGUUUAACCCAUUUGUAACUUAUAUUGUUGUUGUUACCACCUGCCCUUCAGCCAAAGGUUUCCAGGCAGUUUACAACAAUUUUAAAAAUCAGCAUUAAAACAAUUUAAAACAGCCUAAAAUAAUUGAAUGCUACAUACUCAGAACUGUAUGCACAGGUCCCUCUCCAACUGGGUAGGGUAGGCUAAGGGCUGGCCUUGAUGUCCUUAUAGGUCCCUUCAUACUCUACAGUUCUAUGAUUCUGUAGCCAAAUGUCACCUAGUAACCUUCAUGAGGGGAGUAGGGGUUUGAUCACAGUGCUCUAUCCAUUACACCUCACUGGCUGUAAUAGGAUGGACUGGGUGAGGGGCCCUCCUUUGCUUUUGGUCUAGAAACCUAAAUCUACAUUUGACAGCACCUCUGGAGAUGGGUAAGUUGGGAUGACACUCAAUUCCCUGCCUUUCUCUUGACAGAUUCCCCAAAGCAGGUGCUUGAAGAUGGCCAGCAAGCAAGGGUAUAAUUGUCUCUCAGAUGGCUCUGUGGAUGUGCCAUCUUCCAGCCCUGAAGGCACCCUAAGCCUCAGUCCUCAAAGCCCUGGGCUCUGCCUGAUCUCCACUCCCACAGCAGAGUCCCACUGGCUGAGCAACGCCCCGCCCCAGUCUGAGUCACCGGCAGAAAUGAACCUCACUUUGGAGGAACUCCUUGCUCCCAUUACUGAGAAGCUCAAGUAUUUGCUGAAGAAAGCAGAGGACUUCCAGACGUACCUGCUGUACAGCAGAGACAGAAUGCAGAAGGAGCAGUUUGCCAAAGCCAUGCCCACAUUCCUGCAGAUGUGUCAGCCUUACUUCCACUACCUGGAAUCCACAGCACGCAGCUGCACACCUUAUUUAAGACCCCCACAGGAGCCAGUGCGGAGGCGGCUCCUGGAGAUCUCUCAGCAGUUGGCCUGCCAGCUUGAGCAACUGGUAUUGAUGUAUGCUUCUUUCAGCUUUGUCUCCCUAGAAGACACCGAUCCAUUCAGUGUCUCAUGUUUCUUCUGUGGAAAGUUUUGGCUGAAUGAGUUGCGGCAAGUUUCCAUCUUCCGAUAUUGCAUCUCAGCACCCUACACAGCUGCCCACAUUCCCCGCAACCUCUAUAAGAAGAUGCGCUGGAACCUUGACAUCUUGGAAGGGUCUGCUGCCCGGAAUCAAACACCCCGGACAGAAUACUACUUCCUAUGCUUCCGGGAUACAGGAGAUGAGACAACUGUGAAGAUGCAGAAGCUCUGGUCCAUUGGACGCUGGGUGCCAUUAGAUCCUGACAGUGAGCACAACUCUGAUGUGCUCUCCUGGGUGCUGUGUCGCCACCCCAUGGGGGAUUAUCAGCAGCUCCUGACCAUUGGAUUUGAAGAACCCUCCCACACUUUAGCAACAGACCUCUUGGUGCAGAUGCUAAAUGCUCAGAGCUCUGGCCUGCUUCAUCACAAAUCCUCCUGCUGGGUGAGCCCAGGGGAACAGGUGCAAUAAAAAGCCCACUGCUUCCUAUCACCACCAGCAUCGCAUCAGCAGACGCACUGUGUCAUAUGUGGCUGUCUUCACAUUAAGCCCAGUGGAGUCAGUCAUUUUGCCAUACAGAUAUGCCAGUUUAAGAUUUUGACAACUUUUUGAGUACAAAAAAAUCGACCGGCCCCUAUCUCAUGUUAAUCUCCCUGUGCUUGCAUUGCUUACAAGAGAGAUUUGAAUGGCAUUUUGAAACAAUGAUUGCCUUCCUGCUGGCUUCCUAUGCCUGACUGCUGAACAGGUACCAUCCACUUUGAGACAAACCACAUCACAGAAGUAUCGAGGUUCUUGUGAUCUCCCUUACAAAGUGUGGUGGGAUAGAGCAGGAAGUCACACUUUCCUUCCUUCAGUGAAAGGUUCAAUUAGUGAGCCUUUAUAAUGGUCCAAACCAGGACACGUUAAGUGCCUCGUCAACUCUGUGGCCCCUUUCCUUUGAAUUUACACACACCUUGUUCCCCAUUGACUAUUUCCCUCUGAACACUUGUCACUUGGCUGUGGCUCAAGGCAGAUCAAAAUCUCUGAAGCACCUAAAAGGGGACAUCCA